UUCAUCUCUGGGCUAGACUUUGUGGGGAAAUUUAAUGAAAUAAAAGAAGGCUGAGAUCCUUGUUUGUUUUUAUGUUCAGCUUGUUGAUGUCAUUUGACAUAAUCGAGAGUUACAGCUUUGACAUGUUUAUUUGCUACCGUUCGGACUUUCAACAGUGGCGGCUUACCUAAUCCUUGCUUGAGCAAAAUGAGUUAAGAGGAAUAUUUUAUUGUCCGAUCUCACCACACUUCGUAAAAUGCAACUUGAAGCAGAUUUUAUGCAUCGCGUUUUGAGAGGAUGCUUAGUUCAACCCCAUUACGGUAUUAGUGUUUUGAGCCUUAAACAAUUGAGUCUUCAGGCCACAGCUUUUUGGGCAGUAUGUACACUCCACAGGCUUCAUGAUUCCCCUGACAAAAUUCAGCGUGCUAGUUCUGAUGAAAUCAUGAAGGCUGCUCGGGAUUGCAUCACAAACAAAAUACCAAGCAACUUGGUGGAUGAAUUUGUCAUCCAGAUGUUGAACACAAUUGAUGUGGUUUACGAGCAAAGUAGAGUUGGCAGACAGUUAUUGGUUUAUGUGGGUUCCUUUAUUCCCAGAAAUCUGAAAAUCCUUGUGAUGCCUCUUUGCCUUGAGCAGGUAACAAUUGCGGCCAUUUUGACUCUUCCUCUCUGCACAAAUCUCACAGAGUUGUAUAUGGAAAGAGCAGAUCAGUCUGUCAUUACACAAGGGAUUCUCUGCCACAUCCUUAAGUACCUAAGGAGGUUGAAAGUUUUGGCUCUGCCGAAGCAGUGUAAUGAUUCUGUUAUAGCAGUUGUUGGCCAAAACUGCCCCAAUCUGGAGAGCAUUGUUUUAAAUGACACUGGUGUCACAAAUACAGGAAUCGCUUGGUUGCUUUGUUGUCGACGGCUUCAUACGGUGAUCAUGCUGAAAACGGAGGUCAGUCCACCUGGCGCCGCACUGCUUCUUCACGGCUUACCUUCGUUAAACGUGUUGCUCUACGAUAGCAUAGCCGAUACACUGUGGUAUUGUUCAGUCAACGCAGCCGUCUCUCCCAAGUUUGCCCUGAAAACAGUAGCCUUCGGAGCUACGGAUCUUCUUACUCCCGGACAUCUCGAACUGUUGUCACAAAUGUGUCCCGCAGUCGAAUGGCUUUCGCUCAACAGUGCAUUCACUUACAGCGUUCAAACGCUUGGUUUUUUACCUAAAUUGACCCUUUUGAGUGUAAAUUUUCGCGGUGGGUCGCUAGAUGUUCAUUUCGAAGAUUUCUUGCGACGAAAUGGCAUGACCAUCCGGUGUUUGCAGCUGGUUGAAGCACAAGACAUGGAGUGGACUCGGUUCGAAAAAUUACUCGUUUUUUGCCCUGCCCUAGAAUCGCUCGUAUUUUACGAGUGCAGUUUCGAACGCGUGGAAGUAUUCGAACACGUUUGUGAACUACGCAAGAUAUACGGGAAGAGCCAAUUGAAGAAUCUUCAAAUCUUCCGCACUCCAUUGAUGACACAACAGCUGGAACACUUGGUGUCCAUCUUGCCACAUCUUAGUCGAUUGGAACUAGGCCAUCUUGAUUGGGACGUUGAGCAAAUCCGCAUCUUUUUAAUGCGCUAUAAGCAUCUAGAAAUAUUUCGCGUUCUGACGUGGAGAUUCAAUGGAUUGGGAGCAGCCGUAGCGUCUUCGAUUCUAUGGGGAAGUUCCCGAAACGUUCGCUGUCUCAAUCACACCUUACAACUUGAGUUUCCUGGGCGAGUCAUCCAGCUAGAUGGACACUUUACAAACACGGCCCCUUUUCAACGCGGCAUUCCCCAAUUCUUGUUGGCCGAGUAUGGCGAGCUGUCGCCUCUGCUAGAUAUUGCACGUAUCGGCCGGAACUAAUCGGACGAACGUUCUUCCUGUUAUUUCCUAGUCAUUCCAAAAUUAUUUUGAAUUGUUCGCUUAUUAGUAAUUUAUUUUUCGGCUCUUCUAUUUCGAUAUUAUUUUGUUUUUUGUUCUUGAUGAUCUUCGUUGUAGUUACCAACAUUUACAUUCUGUUCAAUACAAAUCUUAACCCCAAAAAGCUGUUACCUUAGACGGGUUGGAGAAUACCACGUCCAUUUCCUUUUUUAUUCUUGCUGACAUCGAGGCUAUUUGAAAAUGUUUUUCCUUUCUGCUAUCCACUGUUUCACACACAUUUUCACUCAUAUACACAAUCAACUCUUUUUCACACAUUAAUAUUAUGAUCAAACAAGAAAGAAAGGAGGAGACAAUUUUUCGAGGGAAAAUACUGUACAAAUCAUGGAGGAUGUAAAAUGAAAAUGGGAGGGAACUAUAACGGAUUAUGUAUGUCGUAAACUAUCUUCACAAGAACACGGGUCAUUUCUGCUGCCCAUCAGAGCUUAACAAAUCUUUGUCAAUAGCUGAUUUCGAUCAUCUUAGCUCGUCUUUUACGACCCCAAUGGAGAAAAAAUGAUGACCUGAAAUAGGGAUAUGACCCAGUAUGCUGCUACGUGUCGAGAUUACGAACACCAUCUCAAAUAUCUGCUGUUUGUUAAGGUUGUUGUUUGGUUUUGUCAGAAAAUUUUGGAGGCAUGAAAAUACAUUCUCUAGAAGAAGGACGGGGAGAGAAGCAACAAUAAAAUGGAUUAGUUAUCAAGAACAUGACAUUUCUUAAACAUUUGAAACAGGUCUAACAAAUAAGAGAACGUGAUGGAACGUUUGGCAGCAGCUGUUAGCAGCAACAACAAAAAAAUCCACUCGAAUUUCUUUCUUUUCUUCUCUCUGACCGAGAAAGGUCCAGCUAUUAUCUGCUUGUUGAUUUUUGUUCUUGUGGUUUUGCUAUUCACAAAUCAUGAAUUUUUUUUUAUCGUGGGGAGAGAAAAUACAUAGAAAAGAA